CUGUUCUUCUUUGUUUACAGGUUCAACUACAGAUCGACUCAUCAUCUCACAACUAAUGGCUUUUAUGAGUUUCUCAACUGGUUUGACGAGAGGGCUUGGUACCCACUGGGCAGAAUAGUGGGAGGAACAGUAUAUCCUGGUCUGAUGGUGACGGCGGGACUGAUCCACUACGUACUGAAUCUGCUUCAUCUGACGGUGCACAUACGUGAUGUAUGCGUGUUUCUGGCCCCUGUUUUCAGCGGCUUGACCGCCAUUUCUACCUUCCUGUUGACACGGGAACUGUGGAACCAGGGUGCCGGCCUACUGGCAGCAUGUUUCAUCGCCAUCGUACCAGGCUACAUAUCACGCUCUGUGGCCGGUUCCUUUGACAAUGAGGGCAUUGCCAUUUUUUGCCUGCAGUUUACCUACUACUUAUGGGUAAAGUCAGUGAAAACAGGCUCAGUCUUCUGGGCCAUUGGCUGCUGCCUUUCCUACUUUUACAUGGUGUCUGCGUGGGGAGGAUAUGUCUUCAUCAUCAACCUGAUUCCUCUCCAUGUUUUUGCGCUGCUCCUUAUGCAGCGCUUCAGCAGGAGGCUGUACAUCGCCUACAGCACCUUUUAUAUAGUGGGCUUGGUGCUGUCCAUGCAGAUCCCUUUUGUUGGCUUCCAGCCAAUCCGGACGAGUGAGCACAUGGCUGCUGCAGGUGUAUUUGCACUGCUUCAGGCUUACGCCUUUCUGCAGUAUCUGAAGGACAGACUGACCAGGCAGGAGUUCCAGACGUUGUUCUUUCUGGGCGUCUCUCUGGCUGCGGGGGUGGUUUUCCUUACUGUUAUUUACCUGACUUACACAGGGUACAUUGCUCCUUGGAGUGGGCGUUUUUACUCUCUCUGGGACACAGGAUAUGCGAAGAUCCACAUCCCCAUCAUCGCCUCUGUGUCAGAGCACCAGCCCACCACCUGGGUCUCCUUCUUCUUUGACCUGCACAUCCUGGUCUGCACCUUCCCAGCAGGCCUCUGGUUCUGCAUCAAGAACAUUAACGAUGAGCGAGUCUUUGUGGCUCUGUACGCCAUCAGCGCGGUGUACUUUGCCGGUGUGAUGGUGCGUCUGAUGCUGACGCUCACCCCAGUGGUGUGCAUGCUCUCAGCUAUCGCCUUCUCCAGUGUGUUCGAGCACUACCUGGGUGAUGACAUGAAGCGUGAGAACCCGCCGGCUGAGGACAGCAGUGAUGAGGACGACAAGAGGAAUCAGGGGAAUCUCUAUGAUAAGGCAGGCAAAGUCCGAAAGCAUGUGUCAGAACAGGACCGCCCAGAGGAGGGUUUGGGCCCCAACAUUAAAAGCAUCGUUACCAUGUUAAUGUUGAUGCUCUUGAUGAUGUUUGCGGUGCACUGCACAUGGGUCACCAGCAACGCCUACUCUAGUCCCAGCGUAGUGCUGGCGUCGUACAACCAUGAUGGAUCCCGCAACAUUCUGGAUGAUUUCCGUGAAGCGUAUUACUGGCUCAGGCAGAAUACCGAUGAACAUGCUCGAGUCAUGUCCUGGUGGGACUACGGGUAUCAGAUCGCAGGAAUGGCCAACCGCACCACGCUGGUGGACAACAACACGUGGAACAACAGCCACAUAGCACUGGUCGGUAAAGCCAUGUCCUCCAAUGAGAGUGCAGCCUAUGAGAUUAUGAAGUCCUUGGAUGUGGAUUACGUCCUGAUCAUUUUUGGAGGAGUGAUUGGAUAUUCAGGAGACGAUAUUAACAAGUUCCUGUGGAUGGUGCGCAUUGCUGAGGGAGAGCACCCUAAAGAUAUCCGGGAAAGCGAUUACUUCACACCGCAGGGGGAGUUUCGGGUGGAUAAGGCCGGCUCUCCAACCCUGCUCAACUGCCUAAUGUACAAGAUGUCUUACUACCGCUUUGGCGAAAUGCAACUGGACUUCCGCACACCACCGGGAUUUGACCGGACACGAAAUGCCGAGAUUGGCAACAAGGACAUCCGUCUGAAGCACCUGGAGGAGGCGUUCACCUCCGAGCACUGGCUGGUGCGCAUCUACAGGGUGAAGAAGCAGGAGAACCGACAGGCUCUGGACCACAAGCUCCGCAACAUCGCAGCCAAGCAGAAGUACACCUCAAAAAAGACAGCCAAGAGGAAGAGGGGAUACAUCAAAAACAAAUUGGUUCUGAAAAAAGGCAAGAAACUGAACAAGAAGUCGGUUUAGGAAAUUGAAUGAAAACCUUGAGAAUGGAUAAAGAGGAAAACGAAUGACAAUGACUAAUGCAACUAGUAAGUAAUCCACCAAUCAAAAAGAAGAACAAACACGUUGUCUGGCGCCGCCCACCUGAGAACAUUUGAUUGGAGGCUUUAGGUCCUGUGAUUGCCAUGAUGACACGGAGGUUCCAUGAUGGGUUCGAGGAUGAGGCGAAGAUGGGGGUCUGCACCGCGGUUUUAAUUUGACAUCUCUGGACUUAGUUUUGUUCUUGUUCUCUUUUCUUUCUUUUUUUUGUACUUGAAUGUGCUGGUGAAGCGAGAGCGCUGCCGGUGUCUCAAAUGGCACGCACUGUGUUUGUGGUACAGUUUAAUCUAAUCCAACCCGAACGCUAAAAAUAUGAAUUUCAUGAAGCCCAGUGGACCUUGGAGCACCAAAGAGAUUUUUCGUUUUGUCAGAGCCUGUAAUAAAUUAACUUUUGAUUUAAAAAAAAAAAAACAACAACAACAACUUAAGAAUAAAAGAUAUGGAAAAAUCUAAAGAAAUUUGUAGCCGUCUACAGUGCGCAGCCUCUAAAAUGCUCUCUUGGUUUUAACUGUUAUCUAACAAACCCGGUUUCCUAUGUGACAGAAUGCAGUGGGCUCUUUGUGGCUCUUGAUUUGUUUUUUUAAGGCAGACAUUGCAAAUGACUCUAUUAGAAAUGUUUAACUCUUGUGGUGAUUUAUAUAUAUAAAUAAUUUUGUUUGUUACAUCAUUUUGAAUGUUUCCGUUUAGUUUUUCUAUUUGUUGUAAGAUUUUAUGCAAUAAUUCUAAAUUCAAAUGAAGAAAAAUCGGCUUUUAUUUCCUGUGUCGCUCAGUUGUUUUGUCCAGAGGGGGCGCUGUGGUUUGGCAUCUCCUGCGCACAAGUUUGCGAAAAACAGAUGCUUAUGGACGUUUUCUUGGGCCAAUUAGAAGUCUUUUUCCCCUUCCUAAACAGCUGUCUGCCAAGACAAAAAGUGAAUUGAAUUAGUUGUAGGUUUAUAAAAUGCUGCAUUACUAGCCUGAAUGCACUUUGUCUUAGUUCACCUUAAUGUGGAUCCACUACUGAGUAGCAUGCAGGUGGAGAGUGCGUAUUUUUAGUGUGAAUAUUCACUUAUUUUUAUUUUUACAUUGAAAAGGGUGCUUCCUGCAACAUCCAGUUGGUUUUCUUUUCCUCGGUUCUUCUGGGCUGCCAUUAAAAACUUCCCGUCUUUGUUUGUUUUCUGCCUUUCUGGUUUUCAACCUUGCGUAUUGCUUUUGCGUCAUCUGUUUUUAUAAGAUAAUUAGAAGGAAAAUUAGAUCGUUUUUCCCCUCUUCUCCAUAACACAUCCACAUUAUUCUGCUCUGAGGGCUCUGAAGCUUAGGGGAAGGUAUUUAUUAACAAGAAUGCAUUUGAAGUUGAGAAGAGGAAGCCUUUCAUCCUGAAAUGCAAAAACUGUAUUUUCCGUUUCAUUUUCAAGUUAAAAUUUAUUCCAUAAAUUGUAAAAUAAAAAAUUUAAAAAACGA